AGUACGUCAUCUGGUGACGCCAAGCAUAAUGGCGGCUUAGUAAACCAAACGCACAAGCUUCGCAAGCGCCUUGAUUUUGAUCCUUAAAAUGGCUGGUGAGUCCUCUGAGAAGAAGGACCUGGAGAGCAUAGGGAAGGAGCGGGAGUCCCGUAAGCGCAGUCGUUCUCGCUCCAGGGAACGGGAACGUAAGGGAUCUCCCGGCAGAGACCGCAAACGGCACCGGUCCCGUGAACGCAAGCGCUCCCGCAGCAGAUCCAAAUCUGCAGACCGAGAUCGUCGUCUAAAAGACAAAGAAAGAGACAGAGAGAAGGACAGAGACAGGAACCGCAAAGACAGAGAAAGAGACAGGGACAGACGGGACAAAGACCGGUCCAAGAAAUCAAGGAGCACUUCCCCGAAAUCCAAGGAUUCGAAAUUAAAGAGGGAUGUGAAAAAAGAGGAAGAUGAGGAAGAUGAGAAGAAGAAAAAGAAGGUGCAGCCUCUCUCUCUUGAAGAGCUGCUUGCAAAGAAGAAAGCUGAGGAAGAGGCAGAGUCUAAGCCCAAGUUCUUGUCCAAAGCGGAGCGAGAAGCCGAAGCCAUCAAACGGAGAGAGCAGCAGACAGAGGAACGCCGCAGACAGGUGGAGGAUGAGAGGAAGAAAAGAAGAGUAUUUCAGGACAUUGGCAGAAAGAUGCUAGAGGAUCCUCAGGAGCGUGAACGGCGAGAAAGAAGGGAGCGAAUGGAAAGAGAGAACAAUGGGAAUGAUGAGGAUGAUGGACGGCAGAAGAUUAGAGAAGAAAAAGACAAAGGAAAAGAGCUGCAGGCCAUUAAGGAGCGUUAUCUUGGCGGGAUGAAGAAACGGCGGCGUACACGUCAUCUGAAUGACAGGAAGUUUGUCUUCGAGUGGGAUGCGUCUGAAGACACAUCGACCGACUACAAUCCAAUCUAUAAAGAAAAGCAUCAGGUUCAGCUGUACGGCCGAGGCUUCAUCGCAGGCAUCGACCUCAAGCAGCAGAAGAGAGACCAGUCCCGAUUCUACGGAGACCUGAUGGAGAAGAGACGGACCCUUGAAGAGAAGGAGCAAGAGGAAGUGAGGCUGAAGAAGGUGCGAAAGAAGGAGGCCAAGCAGCGCUGGGACGACCGACACUGGUCUCAGAAGAAGCUGGAUGAGAUGACGGACAGAGACUGGAGAAUUUUCAGAGAGGACUACAGCAUCACCACCAAAGGAGGGAAGAUCCCUAACCCCAUCCGCAACUGGAAGGAGUAUUUACUGCCGCCUCACAUUCUGGAGGUCAUCGAAAAGUGUGGCUAUAAGGAUCCUACACCUAUCCAGAGGCAGGCCAUUCCUAUUGGUCUACAGAACCGUGACAUCAUCGGUGUGGCUGAGACUGGUAGCGGUAAAACCGCCGCCUUCCUCAUUCCUUUGUUGGUCUGGAUCACUACUCUACCUAAGAUUGACAGGAUUGAGGACUCUGAUCAGGGACCGUAUGCCGUAAUUCUGGCCCCGACUCGUGAGCUGGCACAGCAGAUCGAGGAGGAGACCAUUAAAUUCGGCAAACCGCUGGGGAUCCGGACGGUAGCCGUGAUCGGUGGAAUAUCCAGAGAGGAUCAAGGGUUCAAACUCAGGAUGGGUUGUGAGAUCGUCAUAGCCACACCUGGUCGUUUGAUCGACGUGUUGGAAAACCGAUACCUCGUCCUGAGCAGGUGCACGUAUGUGGUACUGGAUGAAGCCGACAGAAUGAUUGACAUGGGUUUUGAACCCGACGUCCAGAAGAUUCUGGAGUACAUUCCUGUGACUAAUCAGAAGCCUGACACAGAUGAUGCUGAGGACCCUGAAAAAAUGAUGCAGAACUUUUUGGAGGGCAAACACAAAUACAGACAGACGGUCAUGUUCACGGCCACUAUGCCUCCUGCAGUGGAGCGUUUGGCCAGGAGUUACCUCCGACGGCCUGCGGUGGUGUACAUCGGCUCUGCAGGCAAACCUCACGAGAGAGUGGAGCAGAAGGUCAUCCUCAUGUCCGAGGGUGAAAAGAGGAAGAAGCUGCUGGAAGUUUUGGGAAGUGGCUUCGAGCCGCCCAUCAUCAUCUUCGUUAACCAAAAGAAGGGUGUUGAUGUGCUGGCUAAGUCUCUGGAGAAGAUGGGAUACAAUGCUUGUACACUUCAUGGUGGUAAAGGUCAGGAACAGAGAGAGUUCGCCCUGUCCAACCUGAAGGCCGGAGCUAAGGACAUCCUGGUGGCCACAGAUGUGGCAGGCAGAGGUAUCGACAUCCACGACGUCUCCAUGGUCCUCAACUACGACAUGGCCAAGAACAUUGAGGACUAUAUCCAUCGUAUUGGCCGAACGGGUCGUGCUGGAAAGAGUGGUAUGGCGAUGACCUUCCUGACCAAAGAAGACUCUACUGUGUUCUACGACCUGAAACAAGCCAUCUUGGAAAGCCCCGUGUCCACCUGCCCUCCCGAGCUGGCCAAUCACCCAGAAGCCCAGCACAAGCCCGGCACUAUCCUCACCAAGAAGAGGAGAGAGGAGACCAUCUUUGCCUGAGCUGGACCGCUUCCAUAUGUUGUUGUUUUUCUCUUGUGCAUCUUGUGACUGCUGUUUCUUUUUACCAGAUUAUUCAAAAGAGACACC